AUGGGCAAUCCAAGCUUUCUCCGCCUUGUACCGGCCUCUUGCGCCACCGUCCCCAUCGACUGGGCCAAAAUCCCCGAGGCAUCCAGAAAGUUCUUCUUCGAAAGCUGGUGCACCGACUGGUCUGACCCAGACAAAAAAAAACGCCCUCUCCCGGCGACCAUUGACGACCUGGCGAAGAUGUUCGACGAAUCCAAGUUCUUCGGCUACAUGCCACCCGAGCUCUGCACGCUCCUUCUCGACAUCAGCGAGUUCGGGCUCGCCGCCGAGGCCAAUACUCGGGCUAAUGGUCACGCCCUUCAAGUCGCUCCGCGCUUCUACAUGAAGUACCUGUACCAUGUCUGGUUCGUCCUUUUCCUGCCCGGACGGAGAGAUGGGAUCAUCGGGUGCAGCGCAAAGUUGCACGUAGCGAUGCCGGGGGAAGAAGACGAGGCUGAGGUUGCGAAUGACAAAGCCGUGGCGGAGGAAUACGACCCGAGGCUCUGUGAGGAGGUCAAGCGGUGCGGAACGCUCAGGGCAAAAUUCAUGAAGAAGGCGGCUGGGUGGGAGGCUCUCACGCUGAAAAGGAAUCUCGAGGAGACACAACUGGUCGAGGCAACCAUGGAACUCCCGGAUGACCACCCUGUGUAUAGGGCUCUGGUGCAGAAUGUCAUGAGCUCGUUGAGGCCGAUGCGCUGA